UUCUUUUAGCAUUGAAUUAUUUUUUUUUUGAAUUAACAACAAACUGUGCUUGAGUAAUUAUUCUUCCGUUUCUACAAUAUUGAGUGUAGACUCAUUAAAUUAACUUGUUACCAUUGUUAAAAGACCUGCGUGAAAACUAUGCCAAAUUAACCAAGGUUUAUACAAUAUUGUGAACUAGUAAAUGCCUUAGAUAGUUUUGUUGAUCAUGUCAACCAGUGCUUACCCUUUGUUUAAAUCGGUGUUUCCACCGACAGGGUGUUCCUAAAAAAUGUUCCUUAAUCUGGAUUUAUUUUCGGAACACCCUAUUACAUUUUUUACAAGUAACAUAACAUAGCCUUGCAUUUCCUAAUAUUUUUACCAUGUUUCUGAUCUGAUCUUGAAACUUUUAAGAUACUCUUAGAUCCUAGAUCUCUAAUCUUAGUAUUUAACCUCUUUAAACUGCCUUUAAUAGAUUAGUGUUGAUGAUAUAAUUAAAUUAAACUGAAUACUCCAUACGCAACUUCGCAAGGAGGCAUUGAACUACGGAGAAGAAACGUGUUUGUUGUAAUUCAAAAACAUUAAGGAAACCUGGUUUUCUUGCGUGCUUAGGAAUAUGGAGCCUUGUUUACAAUUUUUGUUAUUGUUUUUUUAAAACAAGUUACUGAGCUGUCACUGUAUUUGUAAACAAACCCCCUUCUCCGUAGUUCUACUCUGAUUGCUCGUUAUGUAUCAUUAGCUUUAAAUCAUCUUGUGACGUCAAGUCUUGUCUUCUAUAAUCCUAUGCAUUUCAGACUGCUAUGCCGUGGUAGCAGGUCCUUGGGAGGGUUAACAUGAACUUUCAUGGACUCUUCGGGGCCAUGAUGGGGGACAGGGCCGUGGGAUACGGAUAUAUAAAUCCGUAUGAUCAACCCUCUUACUCAAACCCGGGCCUUCAUCACAACCCACAGCUGAUGCAGGCUCAGAAUAAUCACCAGAUUCAGCAUGAGGAGCUGAUAAAACCUGACCCAUAUUCUGUUAUCAGUCACUCCCGGAAUAUGGAGUUCUUUAACCCAGAGCUCUAUAAUCAACAGGCUAGAUCAGUUCAUCAGUCUCAACUAGGAUAUGAUGUUUAUAAAUACAAGGAGAAACCAGUUCUUGAUAUGCGGGUUCAUGCUCGUACUUAUGAAGAGGUUCAUCAAAGAGUUCAUGAUGAUUAUCGACCGAGGGUUCAUGAAGAGAUUAAUCAGCAAAUUCAUCAAGAUCCUCAGGUUCAUGAAGAUUUUCACUCUCGGGUUCAUAAACAACCACAUGAAGAAGUACUUAAACAAAAGCAUGAGGGAAUUCUUGAUGUAGUCGAUGAACGAGUUCAUCCCCGACUUAAUACCUUUGUCAAGUAUGAACAACAUAAUCCUAAGAAGUAUGAGAGACAUGAUCAUGAGAAGUAUGAGAUACAAGAUAAUGAGAAAUAUGAAAGACAAGAUCAUGUGAAGUAUGAGUUACAAAAUAAUGAAAAGUAUGAGAGACAUGAUCCUGAGAAGUAUGAGAGACAUGAUCAUGAUAAGUAUGAGAGACAAGAUCAUGUGAAGUAUGAGAGACAUGAUCCUGAGAAGUAUGAAAGACGAGAUAAUGAAAAGUAUGAAAGACAAGAUCUCCAGAAGUAUGAGAUACAAGAUCACGUGAAGUAUGAGAGACAAGAUAAUGUGAAGUAUGAGAUACAAGAUAAUAAGAAGUAUGAAAGACAAGAUAAUGAGAAGUAUGAGAUACAAGAUCAUGAGAAGUAUGAAAGACAAGACCAUGAGAAGUAUGAAAGGCAUCCUCCUGACAAUUAUGAAAGACAUGAUGAUGAAAAGUAUGAAAGAAACGAUUCUGUUUCUGGUCUUGAUCCCAUGAUCCAAAAACAGCAUAACACCCAUGGACAGUUCCCGUUAUUUUUCCCGCAUUUUCUUCAGAAUAUCCGUCCCCCUGGACCUGAACAGGUGUUUAACAGUCCAGUACACACAGCCCCCCUGGAGAAAGAGAAAUCAAUGAGUCCUACCUCUGAUAUUAAAUCUAGUGAGCAAAGAACGCCUGGAAUACAGAAGACGACGAGAAAGAAAAACGAAGACUUGCAAGAUGCAGACGAUGAAUUUUCUCUAGAAGAUGAUGCAAUUUUAGAUACUGAAGAUGUUCCUGAUCAUGAAAAGGUGUUCACUGAGAGAAUUGAAGAGAUGUGUCAGUGCCUUUGUAAAAUCUGUAAUACUACAAUGAAAUUCAGAUCACUUAGAGAACAUGUUAGGUUUCAGCACAGCAUGAAUAUUCAGAUGUAUAAAGAGAAACAUGGUAAUAUCUACACUAGGUUAACAUAUCACAGAUGCAAGAUGUGCGAUAAAGUGAUCAAGGCAAGUUAUGAUUUCCUCAACAACCACGUGUCCAAGGUUCACAAGAUGUCAUUUGCGCAAUACCGGACAAAAUUCGAGAUCUUCAAGGGUCGGAGUAAGAAGAUCUUCAAGAGGAAGAACGGAGGGAUGGUGAAGGUGUUUACAGAUAGAGUUGAAGAAAUGUGCCUUUGUAAAUGUGCUUUGUGUGAGCUUGAGCUUGAACCCUACAAUAUGAGGCACCAUGUUAAAUCUAAACAUAAGAUUGCGCUGGAUGAGUAUAGAGAUACAUAUGGAGAAAUUGAAUUCACAAGAGAAACUUUUCACAGAUGUAAACUGUGCCAGAAGGAGAUUCUAUUUGAAUACCAGAAACUGAGCAGCCAUCUGUACUCGGGACAUUCACUGGGCAUUUCUAAAUAUAUAAAUCUGUUUCUUAGUUCAAGUGAUAACUCUACAGAGAAUGAGAAUACCGAAAUCUCUAGUGAACAUGAGUGUAGGAUCUGCUGCGUCUCCUUCCCCUCCAACAAGUUCCGCUACCACCUUCAGAGCGAGCACUCGCUCAACACACGCAAAUACGAGGAGACCUUCGGACACAUCAACGACUUUCAGUACAGGAGUUCAGACGAUGUCGGGGACAUGUGUUCUUUUAAAUGUAAAAUCUGCGAUAUUGUUCUGCAGGCACAGGAUUUUUCUGUUCACUUGAGUACAGAGCAUAGUCUGAAUUUAAAAGCGUACAGAGGAGAGCAUGGGAAGUUAACCUUCGAGAAUAAAACAUUUCAUAGAUGCAAGGAAUGUGAGAAAGAUAUUCUGUUUACAAUCGCUGCCAUUAAACGCCAUCUGGAGACGAAGCACUCGAUGACGUUGAAGAAGUACAAGAUGAAGUACAAUAUCUUCACCGAGCUUAAGGAUAAGGUCUCCUCCGUCCUCGUCAAACAAACAGGGAAAUAUCAGGACAAGAAUAACGUCGAGAGGUUUCUACUGAAACUGAAGGAGGAAGGAAGUGGGGAAGAACUCCUGAAAGCCCCUGAAGGAGCAAUCUUCGCAAACUCUAUUGCGGAAAUGUGCAAAUACUCCUGUUUAAUGUGCAAGGAAGAGUUGACCCUGUUGGCGAUAAAGAAACAUUUACCUAAAGAGCAUGGGUUGAGUUUACAGAAGUACAUAAGACAGUUUGGAGUACUGCAACCUGUACAACUGGUCUACCAUAGAUGCAAGGUGUGUUCUAGCGAGCUUAUAUUUAAUCGAGAGGAUGUGACCGGUCAUUUAAAACGGGCACACUCCCUUACCUACGGUCAAUACAAGUCUUUCUUCAACGGAUUCUCAGAUGUGAUCACCGCUAAACCGGAACUACCCUUGCCGCGACGGUCUCGGCGCAACAACAGCCUGUCGGCGGAUCUUGAACCAGAGAUAUUUACUUCGGACGCCAGAAUACCGGUUUGUCAGUAUGCAUGCAAGGAAUGCAAUUCAGUAUUCAACAGACGCCAGCUUAUCAAACAUGUUAUCAAGGUACACAAGCUUACCUACAAGGAUUACAGGAGUAAACACGGGUCAGAUACACCAUUGGUCAAGAUCUAUCAUAGUUGCAAAAUCUGUAGCACGCGUCUGUUAGCUUGCUAUGACACCCUCAAAAGUCAUGCGAGGGACAAACAUAAUAUUACGUUCAGGGAGUAUAGAGGAGUAUGUGAAGAACUACUGAACACUGAGUUUAAAAGUGAAGAUAUUUUGGAUAAUCCUGUUCUAGCCUCAGCUCUCAAUAUUAAGAUGGAACCAGGGUAUGGAAGUAGUGCAGCCAUGGAAACUGAUACGGGAAUAAAGAGUGAAAACCAGGAUUCAAGAACAGGUUCUGAAUUUGAUCAUGAUGAUGUUGCGUAUGCCAUGUCUGUCGAGUAUGAACUGGAGGAGGAGGAGAAGAGGAGCAGUUGUAUCGGAAACAAACAGAGCUUAGAUGAGGAUGAGAACAUGCAUAUUGAAGGAAUGAAGGAUGAAGAUGAAUCUAUUCCGAUGGAUGAUGAAAAUGAUAAUCAAGAUGAUUUUUAUGAUCAUCUUUGAUGGUUAAGAUGAGAUGGAAACUUG